UAAUUUCCAAUAUAUAUACACUGCAAGGUUACGAUAACAUUCCUUAUGCAAGAAAAUUAUUACUAUAAUUAGAUCCUGAAGGAAUAAAAAUCGAAUUUAUUUUAAAUGGCCGAUCCGCGGUUCCAAACACCAUACAACGAACCACCAUAUCCGUCUGGAUUACCACCACUACCACCACACCUAAACGCACCACAAAGUCCAUAUCCAACUCAACCUCCACAUUCUUAUCCACCUAAUAUUGGUGCACAGUGGCAAGGAGGAGAUGGUUACCCAUAUGGAAAUUAUAAUGAAAAUCCACAUUCUAAUAAUAACAACAUUGGUGGUGAAGGUGGACGCAUGGAGAAUCAAUUCACUGCAUCAAGUUUUAGUGAUAAAAAAAUUCGUCAUGCAUUUAUUCGUAAAGUAUAUUUUACUCUUAGUGUGCAAUUAUUAUUCACAUUUGGAAUCGUAUGUAUUUUUUGCCUUGUUAAACCUGUAACGAUUUGGGUACGUCGUAAUCCAUGGUUCUACUAUUUAGCCUAUGCAAUAUUUUUCGUAACGUAUUUGGUACUUGGCUGUAUUGUAAGUGUACGAAGACGAUUCCCUGGAAAUUAUAUAUGCUUAACUGUAUUUACAUUGGCAUUAUCUUAUAUGGCUGGUUCAAUUGGUGCAUUCUACGGAGCUGAAGCAGCUUUAAUUUCUGUAGCACUGACAUUUGCUCUAUGCAUCUGCAUAACUCUGUUUGCAAUGCAAACACGUUUUGAUUUUACAAUGUGCUCUGGUUUUUUAUUUGUAUUUAGCUGUGUUGUUAUGCUUACUGGGAUUGCAAUCAUGAUUGUAUACUUUGUUUUGGGACCAAAUAAGAUUCUACAGGGCGUUUAUAGUGGUAUCCUAACCUUAUUAUUUGGUUUGUAUUUGGCUUACGAUACACAACUAAUAAUGGGUGGAAGAGAAUUUGAACUUGAACCAGAAGAGUAUAUAUUUGGUGCAAUGCAACUUUAUGUGGAUGUUGUAUUCAUGUUUAUGGCUAUAGCUGGUAUUGCACGUGCAGCCUCAUGAAUCAAUGAUUAAAUCGACGAAUCAAUACAAAAGCGUAUAUCUGAUAACCUACAUUUAUUAUUAUUACCAAAGGAUAUAAUUUGUCUUGUUUAAAAUGACAAUAAUUAUUACGUAUAUAGAAUAAAUAAUAUAAACAAUAAUUUGAUAAUAAUCUAAACGAAAAACUAACAGAUUAUCAUUAUUUUGUGAAUAUGUACAAAAUGUAAUCUAUUUUCUUAUUUGUUUUAAUGUGUCAUUAUUUGUACUUUAAUGACUUGAACCAUGUAUGAAUUUGGAAAAACAAACUUAUUGACCGAAAUCAACAAUAAACUUUAUGGAAUAUUUGUAACUUAAAUAUUUCUUAUUCAAUAUAAAUGCGUAAAUCAUCAUUGAAAUAUCAAUAAUAAAUAAAAUUGGGUAUUGAAUUCCUUCA